GAAAGUUCAUUCAGCCUCAGGAUUCGCUUUGGAGGAUCGUGGUCAGGCCUGUCCUGCGCCGCAGCAUCAUUGCCGACCACUUUACAUAAGAAUGAACUGUGAAUCGCAUCGAGGUAUCGUGGUACCAUUCUACUGCAACACACGACAUUCAAACAUAUCCAAAUUGUUUCGUGACUACGACAUCUUUCACCUUCAAAGACCAACAACAACAUACGAUGUCCGACGCAGCAAGCCUCUCACAGUGCUCCACCAAAGUUGGCAGCGAGAAACCGGCCUCGAUCGCACCCAGCACUGCAAAGCCAUCAGAGCCUAAAGAGAGCAGGAAUCCUUUCUCAAGACUCAAGAAGAAGGAAGAGCCGCUUCCACAAUGGAAGAUCGAUCAGCAGAAGAGAUUCAAGGACUGGGAAAAAGCUCGAAAUAAACAGACGAGCUCUGUCGGUGCCUAGACAGACUUUUACAAGCCCAGUAAACAGAACAAGGCAUUUUGGAUUUGGUGGCUCUAGCCGAAUGUUCAUUCGGUGCUUCUGCAUACUAGGUCACGGAGACCGCUUCUCAUAUAUCUAGAGAUACCCAAAUACGCAUUCAUGAUUUAAUGACCUCAAAAUCUGUCCAGCUUUUCUUUGAUCGAUUCCUAUCCAGCAAACUCAAUCUCUCCACAAUUACUGUUUGACACAACGAAGCCAACAGUCGCGCUACCACUCCCCUUCGCGAACGUCCCGACCUCU